AUGGAUGAUAAAAGCAAACUAUUGGCGAUAAGGAAAGUUGACAACCUCAUCGCGUCGAUAGCAUAUUCACGACUAAUUCUAAAUGAUACCAUUUUGGAACAAAUGUACUGCGUUCUGACCAGUCAGGAUUAUGGCGAAGACAACUUCUUUCAGUUUUUUUCCAAGGUCGUUUCGUUUCGCACUAGUCACCGUUUUCGGUCUUUGAAACUUCUACAUGACCGAACGGAGUUCCGCGGUCCGUCGACGAUCGUCAACGCUUGGUACAAGGCAGACCUAAAUACCAUAACGUUGCCAGCCGCCAUCUUCACGGCGCCAAUAUUCGACGCGACAUUUCCGAUGGCAGUCAACUACGGAUUCGUCGGAGCGCUGAUUGGUCACGAACUCAUCCAUGGUUUCGACAACCAGGUGUGUGUAACACGGGCACAUGUUUCGGUCAUGUUUACAGUCCGCUUUCAGGGCGUUCAGUUCUUCGAAAACGGCCUCCUACACAGCUGGAUGUCUGAGCAGUCGCAGGCGAACUUCGACCGUUUGGCCGAGUGUAUGGUCGAGCAGUACAGCCAGGUUUGCUACGCACAGGUGAACAGAUGCGUCAGCGGAAACCGCACACUCGCAGAGAACAUCGCUGACAACGGAGGCAUGAACGUUGCCUACCGCGCCUAUCAGACGUACAUCUAUGGACGAGGUGCCGAUGAGGCUCCGCUGCCAGGGUUUGAAAAUUACACACUAGAACAGGUGUUUUUCAUGGCAUACGGCAAGCUGUGGUGCAUGAGUUCAACGAGCAGAAACUUGCUAGACACGCUACAGUUCGACACGCAUAGUCCCAAUGUCGCAAGAGUAAACGAAGUACUGAAAAACUCACCCGCCUUUCAAAAGGCGUUCGGGUGCAGCACAGAGAAUAAAAUGCACACUGAUAGGAUUUGCGAGAUAUGGUAA